UACACCUGCUAGAUGACUUUAUCUGCUUCAAUAAGACUUUGGAACAAGGACAGAGAACCAUGUCGUCUCUUUUGAAAAUGUUUGGUGACCUAGGCAUCCCUCUCUCUCAACCAAAAACAGUUGGCCCCACGACUUGCUUGGUGUACCUCGGUAUCACCCUAGACUCCAUCAAGAUGGAAGCUAGACUGCCCAUGGAGAAGAUAGACAGAUUGACGACCAUCAUCCACUCCUUACUACAACAGAGUGAAGUCACCAAACGAGACUUGCUGGUAGUACUGGGACACAUGAACUUCGCAAUGCAAGUGGUGAAACCAGGACGUACCUUUAUCGGCUACCUUCUGCAAUUGGCACAUUCAGUUCCAGACCUAAAGAACAGGGUACAGUUAAAUCAAGAAUGUCGACUCGACUUCACCAUGUGGAUUUGUUUCCUCGAACAAUGGAAUGGAGUGUCCCUUUUCACAGCUGACAGGAUCGAUGCUCCAGACUUCCUGCUAUACACAGACGCAGCAGGAGCCAUAGGUUAUGGCGCAUAUUAUCAGCGAAAGUGGUUUGCCUCUAAGUGGCCUGGGCGUCUGUUCACACUGGUAGCAGACGACAUGUCUAUAGCCCUGAUGGAGUUAUACCCGAUUGUUAUGGCAGCAGAGGUCUGGGGAAAAGAAUGGGCUAAGAAAUCAGUUAGAUUUUAUUGUGAUAACAAAGCCACAGUGGACAUCAUCAAUAAGGGCAGAUCCAAAUCUCCGGGUAUCAUGAGGUUCCUGAGGAAGUUAACGCUCACCUCAGCUAAAUUCAAUUUCAUGUGCAGCGCGAGGCAUGUCCCAGGGAAACACAACCAUAUCAGUGAUGCUUUGUCUCGAUUACAGAUAGCCAGAUUCAGACGCCUAGCUCCUCAAGCCUGUCGCCACCCAACUGCGUGUCCUCCUAUGGAAGAAUUGAUGUUUCCGAGAACACUACCAACUACAGCAUGGCAGACAACGAGUUAGACAACCUGUGGGCAUCAGCAGUCUCCCAUCGUACAUAUGAAGUCUACCAAGCAGGGUUCAAGGCCUAUGCCCUCUUCAUCGCAACAUGUAGCAGUAUAUGGAGUUCAUCACUUCCUCCCAUAUCGGAAGAAUUGCUACUCAGAUUCGUGGCACACUGUCAUAAACAUCAAAACCUCAGGUAUGCAACAAUAAAGACAUACCUAUGCGGUGUGAGGUUUAUGUAUCUCAAAGCGGGAGUGCCGAACCCUUGGACUCUGGGCAACCUGACAAGGCUGCAUACCAUAGUAGGUGCUGUGAAGAGACAGCAAGGCUGUGCAGUAUAUGUUCGGUUGCCCAUAACAAGCUCUAUACUUACCAAGUUGUGUCACCUUUUAGACCAAGGUGUCUUCACCUCCUCACUCAAUAUUAUGCUGAAAGCAGUGUGUUGCCUGGCCUUUUUCGCAUUCCUCAGAUGCGGGGAAUUUACGUGUGAUAGAUUCAGCCCGCAUGUCAAUUUGUGUUUCAAUUCAGUGGUGUUUGCCAGCGAUUUGUCAUCCCUUAUACUCACCUUACAAUCUUCGAAAACUGAUCCAUUUCGCAAAGGUGUGAACAUUGUGCUGCAUCGGAUGAAUACUGCCAUCUGUCCAGUACACAAUAUGCUGACCUACAUGUAUCACAGGAAACAAUCUGGAACUUCCCCUCAUGACCCUUUGUUUGUGUCACCCAGUGGUAGUGCCUUAUCCAGGAAGUUCUUUAUUCAGUGCCUCAAAACCUUAUUAAGUAUGGCUGGAUACGAUGACAAAGCCUACAACGGACAUUCAUUCAGAAUAGGAGCAGCAACAUCAGCUGCAAGUAAAGGCGUGCCCGAUCACAUGAUUCAGACAUUGGGUAGAUGGACCUCAACGUGUUACACUCGUUAUAUCAGGACGUCCCAAGUCUCCAUACGUGAAGCUCAGAUAGCGAUGGCACAGAAGUGACCAGCUUCAAUAGGAUUAAACAAAACUGGAACUCUGUAACUUUUUAUCAUGUUCUCUUGUUUAUGUCUUACGGCCUAAUUACUUUUGGGGAUUCUCAUCAACUCAAUUUCACAAUUAUCAUUAAUAAUAAUAUGGGCAAUCUAUCCGCUCUAUCAGAGGGCAAUUCAGGCGGAUACUAUUCCCCCUGCAAGUAAUUUAACAUUCAUCUCUUUUUUGUUUUUUCAUCAUUCGUCUACUCUGCCAGGUACUCCUGGCGCUCGGGAGCAAGUCUUGGGGUGCGCGACUCCUACUUGUAUUACUUGGCAGAGGUACAGCCCGCCGAUCGGGUAUAUUUCUUCACCGUCCAUUGUUCGUAUACUCAGCCAAGUCUCAGUACGCUCAAACAGUAUGGAGUGCGCUACUCCGAUAUUAGAGACUUGGCUGAAGUUAGUCUUCCAUGUACUAUGUUUAUGUGUCAUGUAUAUAUGUAUAUACCGAGAAUCCCCAUAUGCCAAAAAUUUAAUAAAUGUUGUUCUUUUAUAUGUUGUCGUGUUGUUAUUGACAUUAUAAAUUAUUACUUAGAUAUUGAGUUGAGUUUAUAAUGGCAAUAGCAAGGGUUACGUCAUCGAAUGUUAUGCAUUACAUGCACCAUACCAUAUGAUAUUUUUCUAUAAUUUUUAUUGCCCAUUACGAAUGUUUAAUUCAAUAAGCUAACCUGUGCUAUACAGAUGUGACUGUUAGUCAUCAGGUAAUAUACUCCAAUGGGUGUUUAUUUGUAGUUAAGUCGGCUUGGGAACCCGAGCAAUUCACAAUCAUAUUCCGUUUCUCUCACACGCCCAACUUAAUCAUGCCUAGCGCAUGCGCAGUCAGCUGUCAGCAAUUCCUUUGUUCAGCUCACAACACAUGGUUCAAUCAAGCGCGUUUCCUAAUGGUCGGAUCUUGACUGAACCCACCACCUCCCUCACCACCACCUUAGUGUAUUUCUGCAAUAUAAGCUGAAUCCGGGAUUCUCAUCAAUUCAAUUUCACAAUUAUCAUUAAUAAUAAUAUGGGCAAUCUAUCCGCUCUAUCAGAGGGCAAUUCAGGCGGAUACUAUUCCCCCUGCAAGUAAUUUAACAUUCAUCUCUUUUUUGUUUUUUCAUCAUUCGUCUACUCUGCCAGGUACUCCUGGCGCUCGGGAGCAAGUCUUGGGGUGCGCGACUCCUACUUGUAUUACUUGGCAGAGGUACAGCCCGCCGAUCGGGUAUAUUUCUUCACCGUCCAUUGUUCGUAUACUCAGCCAAGUCUCAGUACGCUCAAACAGUAUGGAGUGCGCUACUCCGAUAUUAGAGACUUGGCUGAAGUUAGUCUUCCAUGUACUAUGUUUAUGUGUCAUGUAUAUAUGUAUAUACCGAGAAUCCCCAUAUGCCAAAAAUUUAAUAAAUGUUGUUCUUUUA